GCUUUCAUAUACAUUAAAGUGACUCAUUCUCCAAGUACACUAAUACUGAAUUCACCAAUGAAGUUGAAGUCUGAUGAAGUUUGUCUGAUCGCAGCAGAAACGAAACCGAAACUAAACACAGCCUAUUCGGCGCUAAGUAUCUGUUUGCUGGUUGUUGCAAUUUCGGUGUGAGGAGUGUGAGGACAAGAUGUCUUCAAGCUGUGAAGAAGAAAACAUUGGCCUCAUUGAAUUUUUCAGAAAUCGAUUACGAAGACUCAUUCUCGUCGAUCCUCUGCUGGAUCGUUUACAUUUUAUAGAAGAGGAUGAUAAAGAAUCGAUCAGAGCUAAGUUACGGAACGAGGGCGACUUAGUAGCUGCAGACCAACUCAUAAACAUUAUUUUAAAAGGUCCACGGACAGAAGGUUGGUUUAGGCAACUAAUAAACGGUCUAGAAACAGUAGGCUGUAAGAAUGCAGCUAAUUAUAUCAACAACAGUCCCCCUACUCCGUCUUUGGAGGCCGAAAAUGACAACUGUGUCAGGAUGAUACAACUUCUUCAGCCGACACUGGAAACAAUGAAGACACGAGAUGUCUGCAUCAGCUGUCACACAAUGGACAUUUUAACUGACGAGGAUCGCGAGAAUAUUUUAGCAGAGACGGACAACUACGGAGGCCAAAGGGGUGCUCGUUUACUACUUAAAAGAGUUGUAAGGAAUGAAGCUGGGUGGUAUUCCACAUUGCUCAAAGCUUUGCGCAAGACCGACCACUUCGACUUGGUCAAAGAACUCCAAGGAGAAGAUCUGGUGGAUGAGGAAGAUUCUGUGUCAGGUAAAGGGGACACACCGCAGGCUCUUAAAGAUGACAAGGAACUUGCUGACAAACACCUCAAAAGGAACCAGGCUCCGCUUUCCCAAGUUGAGGCCCCUGCCAGCUUUCCGGAAUCAUCCCGUGAUAGUAUAUUAGAUUCCUUCUCAAGUGGCAGUUCAAUGGACCUCUAUAGUAACUUUCAUCAGAAUGAGACUAGUCAUGCCAAUGAAAGCAUGGAUUGCUCCUCAACAGACGGUGGCGAUGGGGGGGCUGUGGUUGAGACUGAGGCGGCGAUGGGCGCAACGGGAGGCCCAGACGAGGGGGACAUCGUUCUGAGGGACUAUCAGAUGGAGGUGGCCCGGCCGGCCCUCGAAGGCCAGAACAUCAUCAUCUGCCUGCCGACAGGAAGUGGGAAGACCAGAGUGGCCGUCUACAUCACAAAGGAACAUCUGGACAGCAGAAGGAGGAAGGAGCAGCCGGGGAAGGUUGUGGUGCUGGUGAAUAAGGUUCCACUGGUAGAGCAGCAUUACUCCACUGAGUUUGGGAGGUUCUUACGGCACCAGUACAAAGUGGAACGGGUGAGCGGAGACUCUCAGCUGAAAAUCUCUUUCCCGGAGGUCGUCAGAAAGAAUGACAUCAUCAUCUGCACGGCGCAAAUCCUGGAAAACUCCUUUGCCAACGCCAAAAAAAAAGACGAGGACGGGAUCUCGUUGUCAGACAUCACCCUCAUGGUGAUAGAUGAGUGCCACCACACGCAGAAGGGGGGUGUCUACAACCACAUCAUGAUCCGCUACCUGAGGCAGAAGCACCGCAACGCCCUACUGCUGAAGGAGCAGAAGGAGCCGCAGCCCAUCCCUCAGAUCUUGGGGCUGACCGCCUCGCCUGGCGUGGGAGGUGCCAAGACCCAGCAGAAGGCCGAGGAGCACAUACUCAAGAUCUGUGCUAAUCUGGAUGCUGUUACUAUAAAGACGAAGAACUUAGCAGAGGAAUCUAAAGCCCCUUUCAAAAGGAUUGCAAGUGCUGACAAGAGGAAAGAGGAUCCCUUCGGAGAUGUCAUCAAGGGUGUCAUGGAGCAGAUUCACGCUCAUGUCGGGCUCAACUCGCUGUGUGAGUUCGGUACCCAGAACUAUGAGCAGUGGGUGGUCCUGACAGAGCAGAAUGCCGCUAAAGACGAAAACACGAAAGUGAGAGUGUGCGCCGAACACCUCCGCCAGUACAACGAGGCCCUGCACCAGAGCAACACCAUCCGAAUGUCAGAUGCUUUCAGCUUCCUCGACAAGUACUACAACGAGGAGAGGAAGAAGAAGUACGACCCCGAGGAGGGCGAGUCCAUCAACAUCACCGACACUGAAAGAUUCCUGUUCACGUUGUUCAAAGACAAGAAGGAAAAGCUGCGCGAGCUGACCAAGCAGGCCAAAUACGAGAACAACAGCCUGGCCAAGCUGCGCGAGGUCAUCCUGAAGGAGUUCACCACCCGGACGGAGGCCCGCGGCAUCAUCUUCACCCGCACGCGACUCAGCGCCAUCGCCCUCAGCCAGUGGAUCCAGGAGAACCCCAAGUUCGAGGAAUGCGGAGUGCGGGCCAGCCAUCUGAUAGGAGGUGGAGACCAGAGCCUCGUGAAGCCCAUGACCUCGGCCGAGCAGAAGGAUGUGCUGAAAAAGUUUCGCCAGGGGGAGAUAAAUCUGCUCAUUGCAACAACGGUUGCAGAGGAGGGUCUGGAUAUAAAGGAGUGUAACAUAGUUAUCCGUUACUGCCUGGUCACCAAUGAGAUCGCCAUGAUUCAAGCGCGAGGCCGAGGGAGAGCGGAGGACAGCAGCUACACUCUGGUGGAGACGGAGGGGUCGGGAGUGGCCGAGCGUGAAAGCGUUAACGAGUACCGGGAGAAGAUGAUGAGCAAAGGCAUCGCCAGAGUGGUGAAGCUGCCCAAGGCAGAGUACGACAAGAAGAUAAAAGACUUCCAGCUCCAGGUCAUCAUGGAGAAGAGAGUGCAUGCCAAGAAGAAGAAGCAGAAGAGCAUGCAGCAGGAAGAACCCUCCAAAGUCAGCUUCAGUUGCAGGCACUGUAACAAGGCCGUCUGCUCAGGAGAGAGCAUCAAAGUCAUUGAGAACAUGCACCAUGUCAACGUCACCCCUCGAUUUCGUGAUCUGUUCACAGUGCAAGAAAAUGCUUCACUUCAAGAGAGACUGCUGGACUAUGAGGCCAAUGGAGUUAUAGCAUGCAAAGACUGUGGGCAUAAAUGGGGGUCCAUGAUGUUGUACAAAUCGAUUGACGUCCCCUGUCUUCACAUCAAGAACUUUGUAGUGACGUACAACAGCAAAAACAAGGUCUUCAGCAAGUGGAGUGAACUUUCCAUUCGGUUUCCAGCCUUUGACUACGCUGCGCAUGCAGUGGACUUGGUGGAUGAGAACCUGGAGGAGGAGGAGGAGGAGGAGGACACUAUGUGACGUUAACAAUAGUGAGACACUGUGUUUCAUGGCCCAGAUAUGUAACAAUGUACUGUGUGAGAUUUCAGAUUCCUCAUACUUAAGGGGCCAUACAGACAGGCCACAUCUCUUAACUUCAUACAUACAACUUAUCCAUAAACAUAAAGGAAAUAAAUGCACUUGUUUACCUACUGGACACAAUCUUACAAUGGCUUUCAGCAGGCAACCCAGGGGAGUGGGUGGGACAUCUCUUGUCACAAAACACUGGCAACAACACUAGCUGCAUGUAGUUCAAAGUGAUGAUCAUUUUUAAUCUGGGACUUGUAUCUCAGUGUUCUGUGACAGAUGCUGUCUGUGCUUCUGGCAAAUGCUUGUUCAUAUUUGGGCUCAAUGGCCAAUCCAAUUACACCUCUCCCCUCUAUGCUCCCAAAGCAAUGUGUUGUUUGACUGAAAUACCGUAUGGACAGUCCAAGCCACUUUGUUUCUGAGUACACACCCAGACUUAAUGUAAGAAUGCACGCACAUCUGUAUAUUUCAAUAGAUACUGACUGAUGCAAAAGGAAAAGAAAAAAAUAUGUGUGUUUACUGUGCUUUGCUCCCAUGGUGAUUAAAUGAUACAAUGUUUCAACCACUCAGUUCUUCAUCAGGUACAGUACAUCAAGACUGUACACCUCGACUGGACUGAGAGGAGCAAUUUGCUGAAUUUGGCAAACAGUUUACUGGAUUAGUCACUGACUGCACUUUUAAUUCUGUAAUUCAGAUUGAUCUAUCUGUCAUUGCUGUUAAUGAGAUUAAUAACUGCAUGACAUAUUAUUUCUGGGGUAAUCAACAUAAUUCAUGGUAAUAAAUUAUGAUAUCCUGGUG